AGGGUAACCACGGCAAAUCUCGCGUGAUGAUCACGCCUGUUGUGCAGGGUUGAUGUGAGGAAAAGUGGAAAAUCGAUUGAUUGAUGCACUCGUAAAACGGCAAGUUAGCUAUGGUGCCGUUACCGCUCGCACAUUUUUCCAUGAAAAUCUUCCCGGAUUGCAAGAUUUUACGUUGCAAACUCUAUUCUGCAGCCCCGCGUGCGGUUUGAAGCGACCCAAAGGGAUACGGUUAUAUCCUAGCGAGCUAAUGUGGCUAGCUGUGCUAACACUAGCUUGUUAGCUUUGUUUACAUCAAGCGCGCGCCUGGUGAUUUUUUUUCCUGCCACUUUCAAGUCACUUACAUUUUAUCUCUGCAGCUAAACACAAUUCAAUUGUAUUUCGAUAAUACGCUUAUGUUUCACUGUAAGCUAUACGGCUAUCGAAAACUAUUUGGUACUUAAAACGUUGUGCGCUAAUGCUAGCAGCGACAUGCUAACAUUUUGAUCUUCUGAAUUCAUUGGAGCUCGCGGAUUGCGUUAGACGUUUGCAUUUUAAACAUAUUUUUUUUUACAAAAAAUAUGACAUGGAGGAGCUGUUUCAUUUAAAAAGAGAAGACUGCGAACAAGCGGCGUUAGCCCAAGUUAGCCACCUGCUAGGCUAGCCAUCGUGGUGUGCAUUUAAUCACAUUUAUUUGUAGUUCGCGUUUGCAAUUAAAAGCUGCAAUCGUGGCUGGCUAAUUGAUGCACAACUAGGCCACACUUCUUUCCUUUUCACCCGCAAGACGUGGGUCUUGAGCGGCUGGACUUUUUUCUGCUCGUCGCUAUGAAUCCUGUAAAAGCUACUGCCUUGUAUGUGUCUGCCAGCCGGGCCGUGCUGCAGUGCGAUCCGCGGCAGCCUCAAACCUUGGCGGAGAUGUACAAGCUGCUGCCCUUCUUCCGACAGUCCCUAGCAUGUUUAGUCUGCGGUGAAUUGCUUCAGGAUCCAAUUUCACCGAUGCACCCCGAGUGUCAGCAUUACGUCUGCUUGGGCUGUAAAGGGAAGAAGAUGCAGAUCAAGACCUCAUGUAGCCGCUGUAAGGACUAUUCCUGCUUCCAGGAGAACAAGCAGCUUUCUUUACUAGUGGAGUGUUACAGAAAGCUCUGUCUGUACGUCACUCACUCGCCGCUGCUGCAGCUGAUCAGCAGCCACGUCGGAGGCUCUCCGGAGGUUAUGUCCUUGUUAGAGGAGGUGCUGUUGACACACAAAGAGGACGUGGAAAACCCGAGCUUCGCACAAGAGGACGUCAGUCUGUCCGUUCACGAGUCCCGCACUCCGACGGAGGCGCCACCUGCUCCUGCUGAGCUCUCGGCUGUUCCUCAGAGCUUCUCGUCCCACCCUCCCCGUUUCAACGGGACGCAGAAGUGCAACGGCGAAACACUGGAGGACUUCGACCCUUCUUCCCCCGAGCUGGAAGUCUGUGAGCUGGUGGAGGAGCCACCGCACGCAGAGCUGUCGGACGCGUCGUGUGGUUUGGCUUUGGGUUUGACCCCCGGGCCUUUAGCUCCAACGCCCGGCACCGUGUGCUCUCUCAGGGAUGGAGAGUCGAGCAGCAGGGAGCUGGAGGAAGGAGAAGUGUUGCUCCUCAGCGUGGAGGAGGUGUUGCAAACAUUAGACCCCCUUCAGCCCGGUCGAGACUCUGUUCAUUCACAGCCAGAAAGGACUCACACGCAUUUAACGUCGGACAGAUCGCACACGCAGAUGUACAUACACCUGGAUGCGGCUCACAACUACACACAGGCUCACAUGGGAAGGACUAACACAGCGGCAGGCCACGCCGCUCGCAUACACACAUCUUCCUUCAACCCCCCGCCUCCCUCCAAACCUCCACCGGUCCGCCUUAACCGCAAGCGUUCUCGUUCAGAGAGCGACCGGGAAAAGGUGAAACCUCUCCCCAUCUCCUCCAUCCUGCAGGGCUCCUCCUCAAACGCACACUCGCCAACCUUCCCUCACACGCUGCACGCCAAACCACCCACAGCCUCUUUGUCCGUACCAGCGCACACGUACUCGUCACUUCCUAACGGGGCGCCGCCCAAGCCCAGUCGGCCCGUGCAGAACCACAACAAAGGCAGCAGGAAGCACUCGGAUCAGAAUCCCAAGAAGAGCCACGCCAAGGCCCGGAGCAGCGGCCUGUCCAAGGCCAAGGACAGAAGUAAAGAGCAGCGCUCGAUGGCGGGCUGUUUGGUGCCCGCGGCGCCCGUCAGGCCUCCCUACAAAAAGCCGGUGGAGAAGAAGGGCUGUAAAUGUGGGAGGGCCACGCAGAACCCUUCUGUGUUGACCUGCAGGGGGCAGCGAUGUCCUUGUUACUCGAACCGCAAGGCCUGCCUGGACUGCAUCUGCCGCGGCUGCCAGAAUUCCUACAUGGCCAACGGCGAGAAGAAGCUGGAGGCCUUCGCCGUGCCGGAGAAGGCUCUGGAGCAGACGCGCCUCACCCUCGGCAUCAACCUGACCAGCAUCACGGCCGCCGCGGCGCUCCGCAACCCAGCGGCCACCAACAUCCGAGCGAACACCCUUCUCAACGUCGCCACGGCAACGGGGACGCCUGUGACCACAGCCUACCUGGCCCCCAGCCCCCCACAAGACCCCACCUACGAAGACAGCCUGGAGCUGCUGAUUGGAUGAGAGGUUGUGACUGAACGUAGACAGCCUGGUGCUGGUAGAAUGUGACAGCUGAUCAUGGCGCGGGUCAGUUUACCUGUCCUCCUGAGGGUGGGGGGGGUCUAUGGCAGCUAUGGAUCUGUCCUGUAAUCUGCUCUUCUUCUGUGUCGGAUAAUGUGGAGUAGUCAGACUAGCAUGGGUGUGCCAAAGCCUCCUGGAUCGUGCCUGUGUGUAGUUUAACAAUUGUUCUGUUCAAAAGGUGCUUUUUCUGUUCCAUAGAUUUACUGUAAGAGGCAAUAGAAACCCAUUCCAGGUGUUGUGUGUGCACACAAGUAAGUGCAUGCACGAGCCAGUUCGUUUUUAUUUUUCACAGUUUGAGCAACACUGGCGGGAUCAACAUUUUCCUGGUUGAAGUAUUAACCCCCCCACAGAUUAAUUGGCCCUUUUCACCCUUACGAGACUGUAUGCCUUCUUUGAUCAGUUGUCUUCAAGCGUUCUCUGUGCUGCACGUCGAAGCACUUAGCUGGCUCCACGGUUUGUGUUGUGUUUGUGUUCCUGCUAAGAUUAAUAUCAGUGGGGAGGUGGGUGGGUGGCUAGCGCUUAGUCGGAUUGUCACAACUAUAACCCUUCAUGGUUACCAUAGCAAUAGGAACUGUUGACGAGGAGGCUCCCACUCCCGCGCACUCCAAACGUUUACAGUGUUCGGCAUGUCUUCGGAAGUCCUUUGUUUUUAUUGUGUGGUCGUUCACGACUGUGUGUGUGUGUAGAUGAACUGAAGCCAUAGGUUGUCAGAAACAAAAUCACCUUUAAAACGCCCCCCCACCCUCGUCACUUUUCUGUCCCCGACUGAUAAGAGACUAUUUUUGAUAUGGAAAGAGUUCGAAAACAAAAGUUCCUUGUUCAGCUGUUACUCCAUUAUCAGUCCACCUACGGCGACCAAAGGAGGAAGCGGACGCUCAUACCGCAGACGAACCACAGCGAGCCGCUAUUAAGACCUUAAGUUCUUGUGUGAAAGCUUCAAAUUUCCUGCUUUUAUUUUAUUUUAUUUUAUUUUGGGCAUUACUUGAACCCUGACUCAUUCAGGGUUUUUAUGUCGGAAGAAAACAAAACAAAAAAGGUUUGAGGAGUGAUGGUUAUCGUUGAGACAUCCACUGCCAUAUUACAGACAUGUCAUACAACAUGAAAUAAAAGAUAGUUUUUUACUUUUUCA